CACAGCACAAUGACCAAAAAGAAAGGCAAUCCAGGGACAAAGGUGACGCUCCAGGAUGCCAAGAAGGCCAUACGGAUGAAACCCGACGGCUGGCGCCGACUCACGCUUAGCAACAUGGGCAUUACCAUUUUCCCCCAGUGUAUCUUCAAACUGACUAAUAUGGAUGAGUUGGAUCUCAGCCGCAACCAGAUACAAAAAAUCCCGGACAACAUUGGAAAGUUGUCGUCGCUCAGGUGGCUGGACCUCCACAGCAACAACCUGGAAUCGGUGCCCGAGUCCAUCGGUAAACUAGUGGGCUUGACACAUCUCAACCUCUGUAACAAUCGUCUCACCUCGUCAGGCUUGCCCUCUACGCUUGCUUCACUUACCAACCUGACGAGUCUAAAUCUCGGGUUGAACAAACUGGAAUCUCUGCUUCCCACAAUGGUUCCUAGGGAUAACCUCAAAGAGUUAGGCUUGUUUGACAACCUCUUUACUAGCCUUCCAGACUUUGUGAUAUCUCUCUGCGAUCUGACAAGGGUAAACGUCAAACGAAACCCAUUAAAACUCCUAAAGACGUCAGACGAGGAAGAUGGUGUGUUCCUCGUCCACAAGAAAAGGUUAUGUUGUAGGUGCCGUAAAAUAGGUAAAGACCCGGCAGGAAGGCAUGCGAGAGGAGACUGUGUGACAGAGAAGUUUGAGGAAGAAAGGUCUUAUUCAGGACUGAUAACCCCGAACUCGGUGGCUGCUCUCAAUCAGGAUGUUUGGAGAGUUAAGAAGAUAGAACACUAUCAGUCGUUUGAAGGCGGUAUGAUACGUUUUGAUGUAUCCCACAUGGAACAAGACUGA